UGUUUCUGAGGAGGGAGCCCAGGCCAGGAGCUCUGGCGGUUGGCAGGGGAGGAAAGAUGAACUCCGGGGAGCUCCGGCCAGGGGAGCAGGCCCCGACCGAGGCCGGGGCAGAGCGGGAACUGCCGCGGCUGGAGCUGAGCUCAGAGGAGGCCCUGGGAGCCAGGACAGAGGGGCCUCGCGCCCCACAAGCCCGGGGGCGCCUGCUGCAAGCUGCGUGGAGGGCACCGGACCUGGUGACAAAGCUGCCGCGUCGAGGGGCCAGUGUGGGGGAGAGGUCAUGGAGGUGCUGCUUGCCCACGGGGCAGACCCCAGCCUCAACGACAGGCACAGCUGCUCUGCGCUCCACAGGGCUGCUGCCGGUGGUCACCUGCCCGCCGCCCGGCUGCUAGCGGCCUGGGGAGCCCAGGUGGACGCUCCAGACUCACUGGGCCUCACACCCCUGCACCAUGCUGCUCGUGGAGGCCAUGCAGGGGUGG